GAUAGGAGGGGACCACUGCCUCUGAAAUGAGUCUCUCUGGGGAGAGCGAGAAGAGAGGCACUGCCUCUAAGAGGAAGUAUUCUGACCGAGAGGAGGGGGCCACACCCUCUAAAAAGAGUCUGCCUCAAGACACCAGUUCUAAGAGUGUCCAGAAGCCCAGAGCAGAGUCACCUACAACCAGCCUGCUAUCAAUGAAGAGUGAUCAGCCACCUGCUUUCAGCCAGGAACCAUUACCAGAUGACAAUAAGGAAGUGGAGAGUUUGGACAGUGAGGAUGCAUUAAAGAUCACACACAACCUUCUGGACAGAAGAAGUCAAACUCUGCUGACAGUCCAACAAGACAUUAAGGCUAAACUGAAACACAAGUAUCAACACAUAUCUGAAGGAAUUGGACACCAUGGAAACCAAAGUCUGUUCAAGGACAUUUACACAGAGCUCUACAUCACAGAGAGUGGAAGUGGAGGGCUCAAUAAUGAACAUGAGGUUAGACAGAUAGAGAUGGCAUCCAAGAAACAAACCACACAAGAGACACCAAUCAAAUGCAACAAUAUCUUCAAGCCUUUACCUGGACAAGGCAAAUCUAUCAGAACUGUGCUGACAAAAGGAAUCGCUGGCAUUGGAAAAACAGUCUCUGUGCAGAAGGUCAUCCUUGACUGGGCAGAGGGAAAAGCAAAUCAGGACGUUCAUUUCAUGUUUCCUCUUCCUUUCCGUGAUCUGAACCUGAAAAAGGACCAAUACAGUCUGAUGCAACUUCUUUCCCACUACUUCUCAGAGCUGAAAGAGAUUGACAGCAUUGAAGAUGGUGAAACCAAAACUGUUUUCAUUUUUGAUGGUCUGGAUGAGUGUCGACUUCCUCUAGACUUCAAAAACAAGGAGAAGUGCUGUGAUGUCACGAAGCCAACCUCAGUGGACGUGCUGCUGACAAACCUCAUCAAGGGGAAUCUGCUUCCCUCUGCUCAUCUCUGGAUAACCACACGGCCUGCAGCAGCCAAUCAGAUCCCUCCUGAUCGUAUUGACCGAGUGACAGAGUUACGAGGGUUCAAUGAUCCACAGAAGGAGGAAUACUUCAGGAAGAAAAUCACAGAUCAGAAUCUGGCCAGUGAAAUCAUCAAAAACAUGAAGACAUCAAGGAGCCUCCACAUCAUGUGCCACAUGCCAGUCUUCUGUUGGAUAUCAGCCACUGUCCUUGAGAUGAUCCUGAAAGAGGCAGAGAAGGAUGAAGUCCCCAAAACUCUGAUCCAGAUGUACUCACACUUCAUACUCAUCCAAAUCAUUGUGAAGAACAGGAAGUACAACAAAGCCUCAGAGACAAACCCAAAGGAACUGUCUCAGUCAGACAAAGAGAUGAUCCUGAAACUGGCAAAGCUGGCUUUCCAACAGCUGCAGAAGGGCAACCUGAUCUUCUAUGAGGAGGACCUGAGAGAGUGUGGCCUUGAUGUCACAGAGGCAUCAGAGUACUCAGCAUUGUGUAGAGAGAUCUUUAAAGAAGAAUCUGGGCUGUACCAAGACAAGGUCUACAGCUUUGUGCAUCUGAGCAUUCAGGAGUUUCUAGCAGCAGUGCAUGCUUUAGAAUCAUGUCUGGACAAGAAGGAAAAUGUUUUCUCCCCCACUAGUGAUGAUGAUGAAGAUGAGGAGGAGAAGGAUGUUGACGAUGAUGAAGAGAAGGAGUCAAUCCAGUUGUCUGACUUACACAGGAGCGCAGUGGACCAGGCCUUGAAAAGUAAGAAUGGACACCUUGACCUGUUCCUCCGCUUCCUUCUAGGUCUCUCACUGGAGUCCAAUCAGAAUCUGUUACGAGGCCUUCUGACACAGACAGGAAGUACAACACAGACCAAUGAGAGCACAGUUGAGUACCUUUCAGACAAGAUCGAGGAGGAAUCCUCACCAGAAAGGAUCAUCAACUUGUUUCACUGUCUGAAUGAGCUUGGUUCCAACUCUCUAGUUGAAGACAUGCAGACCUCCCUGCGAUCAGGAACCCUUUCAGCAACAAGACUAGAACCUGACCAAUGUUCAGCCCUGGCCUACCUGUUACUGAUGUCAGAGGAGGUGCUGGAGGAGUUUGACCUGAAGACAUACAACACAUCAGAGGAAGGUUAUCAGAGGUUGCUGCCGGUCGUGAAAACCUGCAAGAGAGCACUACUGGAUGGCUGUGAACUCACAUAUAAAUCCUGUGAGACUCUGGCCUCAGCUCUGCAGACACCAAACUCCCCCCUGAGAGAACUGGACCUCAGCUAUAAUAACCUGGGAGACAGAGGAGUGGAGCUGCUCUGUGUUGGACUAACCAGUCCACUCUGCAACAUACAGACACUUGUACUGGAUGGCUGUAAGCUCACAUAUAAAUCCUGUGAGACUCUGACCUCAGCUCUGCAGACACCAAACUCCCCCCUGAGAGAACUGGACCUCAGCUACAAUGACCUGGGAGACAGAGGAGUGGAGCUGCUCUGUGUUGGACUAACCAGUCCACUCUGCAACAUACAGACACUUGUACUAGCUGGCUGUGAACUCACAUAUAAAUCCUGUGAGACUCUGGCCUCAGCUCUGCAGACACCAAACUCCCCCCUGAGAGAACUGAACAUCAGCAACAAUGACCUGGGAGACAGAGGAGUGGAGCUGCUCUGUGUUGGACUAACCAGUCCACUCUGCAACAUACAGACACUUGUUCUGGGUCAGUGUGGUCUGACAGAGGGUUGCUGUUCAGAUCUGGCCUCUGUCCUGAGUUCACCCAACUCACAACUGAAACAACUGGAGCUGAGAGACAAUGACCUGCAGGACUCAGGAGUUACACUGCUGUCUGCUGGACUGGAGGAUCCAGACUGUAAACUACACACACUGGGGCUGUCUGGCUGUCUGGUCACAGAGGAGGGCUGUGCUGCUCUGUCUUCAGCUCUGAGGUCAAACCCCUCCCACCUGAAAGAGCUGGACCUGAGCUACAAUCACCCAGGAGACUCUGCAGGGGGACUGCUUUCAGCUGCUCUGGUGGAUCCCACAUAUAAACUGAUGAAGCUGAAUGUGGAUCAUGGUGGAGAGUGCAGGCUGAAAUCAGGGCUGAGGAAAUAUGCCUGUCAUCUCACCCUGGACCCAGAUACAGCAAACCCAAACCUGAUACUGUCUGAGGGGAACAGGAAGGUGAAACGGGUGGUGGAGGAGCAGCAUUAUGAAGACCAUCCAGACAGAUUUGACUGUCUUUACCAAGUUCUCUGCAAAGAAGGCUUAUCUGGGUGUCGUUAUUACUGGGAGGUGGAGAGGGAUGGUGCCAUGGCUGACAUUGGUGUGGUGUACGAAGGACUGAAGAGGAAGGGAGUGGAGGAAGACAAUUGGAUUGGCGAUAAUAGGAAGUCCUGGAGUUUACUCUGCUCUCACAGUGGUUAUCUCUUUUACCAUGCUGGAGUCCGUAGCAGAAUCAUCCCUGGUACUGAUUCUAACAGAGUUGGAGUGUAUCUGGACUGGCCAGCUGGUACUUUGUCCUUCUAUAGUGUGUCCUCCUCUGGUACACUGACACACCUUUACACAGAACACACCACAUUCACUGAACCCCUCUAUCCUGGGUUUGGGGUUUACUCCUCCUCAGUGACCCUGUGUCAGAUAGAUGACCAACACAUUCAGAGAGACCAUGGUGGAGAGUGUUGUGUCAAGCCUGGACCUGAGAACAGGACCAACCCUUCCCUGAGGAAUGAGAUGAAGAUUCUUCAUGUAGAGGAACAUGGAGUGUCUUUAGAGGAAGUGCAUGAGGUCACCAGAUUCCAUGCUAAGGUUCUCCAUCCCAAGUUCUCAGCUAUCUCUGUUAUACUGAGCUAUAUCUUUUCAUGGAACGUAGAUGUCCACUGUGACGUGGUCCUCUAUAUGGCAGUCGUUGCUGUAAAAGAGAAUCUCUUCUCAGUCAACUUACCUGAUGUAUACAGCAAAGACUAUCAUCCAACAGGUGCUGUGUCGGGGGCAGGGCGUCCGGCUGAGAGCAGUCUGACUGGUCCUCCAGAGCUGCGUUCUGUACGGAGAGAGUUUGCGAAACGAGUAUCAGGACCUGUCCUGAAUGGACUGCUGGACGGACUCCUGCAACACACAGUCAUCAACCAGGAGGAAAUGGAGUCAGUGAAGGUGAUCGCUGAGAGGGCAGAGAAGGCACGUGACAUCAUCGACAUGGUGUUGAGAAAAGGAACUGAGUCAUGUUCCAGGAUGAUGAACCUUCUUGGGGAGCUGGACCCUUAUCUUUGUUCACAGCUUCAGAUCAACAGUGUUGGGGUACCAACCUAA